AUGGAGCGGCGGGGAUCUACGGUUUUGGCUUAUCUUGACGACUUCCUUAUUAUUGCCGAUACUAAGGUCGAGUGUCAACAAGCGUACGAAGCACUGAUUAAACUCUUAGGCGAACUCGGAUUUCACAUUAACUGGGACAAGGCUGUCGGGCCUUGUCAGCGAUUACCCUUUUUAGGAAUUGAAAUUGAUACUGUGCGCAGGCAACUCACGUUGCCCGAACGCAAACUCUGCGAGCUGCGAUUGUUACUUAGCGAAACAACGGUGAAGCGAUCUAUCACUAAACGAGACUUGCAGUCUCUCGUUGGCAAGCUAAACUAUGCCGCACGCGUUGUAUUUGGCGGAUGGACAUUCUUACGACGCAUGAUUGACACUGUUAACCACAUGCAGCGCCCACAUCAUCAUGUCCGAAUUAACGCUCAACUGCGAGAAGAUCUGAAAUGGUGGACAGAAUUUCUAGACGUUUUUAAUGGAAAAACCUUUUUCGUAGACUCGGAGCCGGUUCCCACCGCAGAAUUCUCUACUGACGCCUGUCCGAUUGGCGGAGGAGGCUUCUUUCAAGGUGAUUGGUUCUACGUUAAUUGGGCCACUAACUAUCCUAGUUUGGCGAACGUGCAUAUCAACUUGCAAGAAACGUUCACAGUUCUUCUAGCUCUUGAGCGCUGGGAGGAUCAACUACGCGAUAGGUGGACCAUUGUGCGAACUGAUAACACAACAACGCUAAGCGCGAUAAAUAAGGGCACUUCUCGUAAUCCGCUUGCGAUGCAAUGGUUACGCGAACUUUUCUGGCUCUCAGCGAAAUACAAUUUUCGCGUCACUUCACGAUAUAUCCCCACAGUAGCUAAAACUUUGGCCGAUGCAAUUUCUCGUCUCCAUGAUCCUGCGCAUUGCAAACUCCUUGUGGAAAAACUCAUUUCCCGCCCCUCGAACAACCUGCCUUGUGUCACGCCCGCGCCUCAUCUGUCACGUAACGCCUUUGAUGCAUUACCUCUACAGGUGCAGUCCAUGCUCAAGAACAGCAAUUUGAUGCCGAGCUGA